AUGACGGAACUUGUGGCACUUCAUCGGAGAAAUGAUACUGGCCUGUGUAUGUCUAAUAUUGAAGUUGGAGAAGAUGAGGAUGCUCCGGAGCCGGAUUCAGAAUCUACCGAAAUUGUGGACUUGUCAAAGACAAGAGAGGUGAGGCUUGUUCCGUCGGAUGCCAGCCAAUUGGAUACUCUGUUUGAGCUGAACCCUGAACCAGUUGAAGCUUUUGUGUUCUCACAUUUCCGUGUUGAAGAUCUUAAGGAGGUGAAGAUCUCGGAAACCUGUUCUGUCGUUCCUGAAGAGACCACUGUAUCAAUGAACAAUGAUAUCCAGAGUUCAUCUUCCACACCAGAAAACCCGAGCAUGAUGACACCUGAAGUCCCCAAAGAUGACGCUUCUCAAAGUUCAACUGUCAAACGAACAACCAAGGCGAAUUCCGUUAAAAAUACCCCGAAGGGAAUGGCUCGGAGAUCUCUGAAUGCCGUUAAGGUGAAGCAAUCGAAUGUUUCGGAGAUUGAAGACUCGGAUGAAAGGACUCGGUCCUCUGAUGACGGGGCUCCAAACAAGAAGGAAGCUUUAUCUAAGAACAGCUCAUCAGUUAGGACAAGAAAGAUGGCGAACACUUCCACCGCAAAUUCACGGAAACUAACUGAAACCCGGGCGGAUAGAUCUCAGAAGAAGGGUGAGAGGGUCGUCAAUCUCAGGUCCAAGAGAAAUCAAGAAGAGAAGAAUGAGAUAAAGAAAUCCACAAAGAAACAUGCCAGUAAACCAGAAGGUCAAGGUGGAUCUCCGGAGCAAACAAAUGCAUCAGAAGAGAACAAAGAAAAUUCUGUUGUUCCGACGGCAGAAGAAAUCCAGGUUUGAAUGAAGAAGAACAAAUACGUCUGCUGCUGAAUUUGGUUGGUUUGGAUGAUUCAAAUGGGGUAUAGGUGAAAGGUUUGUCAAGUCUCCGGUUUGGUGAAAAAACAUAUAAUGUUUCCUAGUUCUGGAUUGAAAUGUUCGUUGAAUUGUUUUUUUUUUUUGUGUGUGUAUCCAAAACAGUUUGUCUAAGUUUUCAGUUGCUGAAUGUUCUUUCCUCGAACCGAUGAUCCGAAUACAGACAUGGAGAUACAAAAUCAACGGUCAAAAUCUUAACUUUACUUGAAAAUCUUACAUCUUUGGGGAGGGGGUCUUUGAACCAAUCAGAACUAUAGCGGUAUAAACAAGAACAUUGUAAAACUAAAGCGAAACAUUUGAACAAAGCGAGGGGGGUUUAUUGUAAGCAAAAUAAGUUAUGGGGUUGAGAUAUAAUUGUAAAAAAAGGGGGAAUCAAAGGCUCUGCCAUUUGAGCUGCGUGUCCCAUUUUCAACGGUGGUUCCUUUUUGGUUAUCGCGUCUUUAAUGGUUGUUUGUUUAUUAGAUUUGGCUGUUUCGAUUUAUUCACAAAAAUUAAUCAGCGAAUAUUUCGAAGCCAGAUCACUUGCCCGCAGAGAUUUUGAGUAGAAGCGACCCAUCUAACAAUCUCUCUGAUUUUCUAUCGCUCUGAUUUCUCUCUCGUGAAUCCCACUGUAAUGUACAGAGUGAUCGCAGGCAGAGUAUUGAGAGCUAGGGCUCCGAGUAACAAGCCCUUAAGCUGUAUCGGCUCCAGCAUUAGGUGUGUUGAAGAUGAUGCCUUGUUCAAAGAGGAGAAAGAAAGCAAAGGCAAUUGCGCAGCAGUAAGAAUCAAACUCAAUCGUGGAGGUGACGUCUCUCCGUUGCCUGGUCGACGGGUUCCACACAACUACUAUAUGAUAAAACAACCGUAAGCAGAACAAUCCAUCACAGUGUAAGAGCAGAAGAAGAUGUUUUCUUUCUUGGUGUAUUAAGGCUCCAUUUCCAUUGCUGUCAUAUUCAUAAAAACUCUCGAUGAUGUGUGGUCCAGUAUCUUCAUUCAAUUGCUGGAUGAGAAUUUUUUUUGCAGCAAACAUCUUGUGUUUCUUCCUAAACCAGGGCUCACGGAAGAGAGAACUCCACCCCUUGCACACAUAGUUGAAGCGACACAGGUCCUUGCAGGAGAGUCUCACCAAUAUUUCCUCCACCGAAUCGAACGGAGGACCAAUCGCGUCCACCGCUUCAGAGGGAGUACCAAUAUCGUCCACUGCUUCGGACGGAGGAACAAUCUCGUCCACCGCUUCAGAUGGAGAACCAAUCUCAUCCACCGCUGCAGAAGGACCAAUCUCGUCCACCGCUUCAGACAGAGGAACAACCUGUUUCGAUUUCUCGGACGCCAUUCCUGAAGAAACAUAGCUCUGCUACAAUGGAGGAAACGAGAGAAUGGGGAUUUCUGUGUAUUGAUCGAUUGUGCUACAAAGCAGGAAACUGUAAAAUAACUAACUUUAACAAACUCUGUAUCCAUCCAGUUCAUC